AUGGCUCCAACAGCUAGUGAAAGGGCCCAGGCCAAGUUCUUUGCCGUGAUCGAGGAUCCUCGAAGAUACGACUCGUCGAACUUCAAGAACAGAGUCAUGAUCACGCGAACACCCUCUGGGGGUUCCGAGCUAACCAACAUUGUUAGUCGGCCGCCGCCGCGUCGGGGUAGCUCCAGCAGCCAGGGCUCUGUCGUCGAGCAACAGACUAUACGGAGCAGAAUCAAGACUUGGAUGUAUCCUCGAGCUGUUUAG